AUGGUUGGAACAUCAAACUCAAUUUCGAAUUCACUCGACAGCGAAACGUUUAACACUAUGCAGACAUCUCAACGCUCUUUUUAUGAUGCAAAUUGUGUCCAUCAGAUUGCUCUACCGCCAACGAGCUAUGACCCACACUAUGUCUAUGAAUCCUAUAAUUACGGAAGGAUCCGAUCGCCAUCAACCGUGUCCAAAUGGUCUUCGUUCAUGCAAGACGCAAAGCACACAACCGUAAUCCCCAAUUAUGACUUUAGGUUGCCUGCAGUUCCUCCACGCAUUUGUGUUACCGCCAAAGAAGAUCUAGUAGAAGCAAUGGAUUACAUUGUUAUGAACAUUUUGGCCCAUCUUCCUGAAUUUCGAUACACCUCACGGAUAUAUCAAAUGAAAUCUAUUGAUCCUGCGGCCAUCAGUCCGGUUGAUUGGCAAUUGCACUCGAAAACUACUAUGGAAUUGAUUACGUUCGUUGCGCUGAGAACGGAAAUUCAGCUCAGUACGCAAUGCAAACUCGGGUCCAACAUCAUUCAUGAGUAUCAAAAAAAUAUUGGCGAUUUCAAAACACACAUCGAUCUCGUUUACGAUUACAUGGUCGAAAAAGAACUUCGAUAUGGUGUUCUCACUACGUACGAAAGAACUUGGUUUUUGAAACGUUCCGAAUCUGAUCCAUCGCAUCUCCUGGUUUCAGACGUGCAAAUGCGCAACAGUCGCAUGCCCACGUUAAUUCAAGCGUUGUAUUACAUUUUCCAACUGGCGAGCACCGAUAACGUAUGCCUACCGUCCAUGAUUACCCCUGAAAGCAGUGAAGACUUCCCUGUGUCUGUUCCAAUGCCAAUAGAAGAAGAUACGGUCAGUUGCGAAUCGACUGCAUCUCUUGAAGAAGUUGAUACAGAAAUAGGUCCGAUUGCCAGUUCAACAAAAGACGCCGUCAUCUGGAAAGAAAUGCUGUGGCACAAACAAGAAGCGGGUCGAGGAGCAAAUGGCAUUAUUUACAGAGUGUUUUAUCGCGGCAGGGAGAUUGCUCUAAAAUACCAUCCAACGGGCGACAUGUUACGAACAGAUUAUCUUAGACAUGAGGUGCACGUAUAUCAAAAACUUCAGAAUCUACAAGGCGUGUAUAUCCCUUCACUUGUUCAUCACGGAUAUUCACUGGACGGAGAAAUGUAUGUUGUGUGCACCAAUUACAUCAAGCGCGCAUGUUCCCUUCAACGUCGACACGAAGAAGAUGCGAUACGAGCUGUCAGUGCCAUUCAUCGUCUUGGGGUGCUCCACAACGAUAUUCGCCCGGAUAACAUACUUGUUGGAAUAGAUGAGUUUAGCCCAACGGGGGAGCGUAUUUUUGUAAUUGACUUUCACCUUUCGCUAAUCGAUAAUGACUACCACCCUAUACAUGCGUCAAUGUUCGAAGAGGAACUUUAUAAA